AUGGCCUCCGUGCAGACUGUCAAAGUGACUCUCCCGCCCCUGCCCCAGGGCUGGGCCGCUGAGAAGGAUUUCAAGCCUGUUGGCACUCUGUCUGGUGCCACCCAGCGUAACGUGGAGCCCAUUGGCCCGCACUUCUUGGCCCACGCUCGCAGAAAGCGUCACCACCGUACUUUCUCAGAGGAUGAGCGCAUCCAGGCUCAGCAGAAUGUCAAGAAGACCGAGGAUGAGGAAGACGAUGACAUCUCGGAGCCCGAGGACGCCAUGAUGCUGUCCCGGGAGGCCAAGGACUGGAAGAGCCAAGACCACUAUGCCGUGCUGGGUCUGAGCAAGCACCGCUGGCGCGCAACCCCCGAGCAGAUCAAACGGGCCCAUCGUAAGAAGGUCCUGCGCCACCACCCUGACAAGAAGGCCGCUAUGGGCCAGCGCGACGAGAACGACAGCUUCUUCAAGUGUAUCCAGAAGGCCACUGAGCUCCUCCUGGACCCGGUCCGCCGCCGACAGUUUGACUCGGUUGACGACGCUGCCGAUGUCGACCCGCCUUCCAAGAAGGAGGUGUCCAAGGGCAACUUCUACAAGCUCUGGGGGCCCGUUUUCGAGUCGGAGGGUCGCUUCUCCACCAAGCAGCCAGUCCCGCAGCUUGGCGACGAGGACAGCACCCAGGAGGCUGUCGAGACCUUCUACAACUUUUGGUACAACAUUGACAGCUGGCGUACGUUCGAGUACCUCGACGAGGAUGUCCCCGACGACAACGAGAACCGCGACCAGAAACGCCACAUGGAGAAGAAGAACGCCAACGCUCGCCGCAAGCGCAAGACCGACGAUACCACCCGCCUGCGUGCGCUGGUCGACGACUGCUUAGCGCAGGACGAGCGUAUCAAGAAAUUCCGUCAGCAGGCCCGUGCUGGAAAGGACGCUAAGCGCCGUGCCAAGGAAGAGGAGGCUAAGCGUCUCCAGGAGGAGAAGGAGAAGGCUCGUGUCGAGGAGGAGGAGCGCAAGAAGAACGCCGAGGAGACCGCCAAGGCCGAGCGCGAGAAGAACAAGAAGUCCAAGGAGGCCGCGAAGAACGCUGCUAAGAAGAACAAACGUGUUCUCAAGGGUUCCGUCAAGGAUGUCAACUACUUCGCCGAGUCGGGCGAUCCCUCCGCCGCUCAGGUCGAUGCUGUCCUGACUGACGUUGACCUGAUCAUGGGCAAGAUCGACACCGAUGAGCUUGCUGCUCUGGCUGAGCGUCUGACCAUCGCCGGCAAGGACGGUGCUGCUGUCAAGACUGCUUACACUGAGGAGGCCAAGCGUCUGGUUGGUGCGGGCAAGCUGAAGGAGGGCGAGAUCAAGGCUUUUGCGUAA